GAUUUAUUCUAAAAUACGCAGUAUAACCUUAGUUUAUUUCACAGACAAAACCUACAUUGUUCAGAUUUAAACGCUACUGGUGUUUUUUUUUUUUUUUUAAAGUUCCACCGGAUGUAGAUGUUGUUAAUAACCCCCACAUUAGGUUCAGUUAGGGUCAGGAUCUACGAAAGGUACACAGCACAUAACGUGUCUCUGUCAUUCCCGUGGUGUUUUCAUACAGCCUGAGCAAUUAUGUCAGCGAAACAUGCCAAGCCCCACUUCAGCCAGUCUCUGGUGACUGAGAUGAUGAAGAGGCUCUUCGACCUGACGCCAUCAGAAAUCCACUCUCUGCCGAGCUAUGAUGACCAGAACUUUCAUGUGGUGUCCGCUGAAGGUGGCGAGUACGUCCUGAAGAUCACAAACUCAGAGGACAGCAAGAACUACGCCCUGAUUGAGAUGCAGGCUUAUGCUAUGUCUGUCCUUCACCAGAAUGGACUUCCUGCACAAACAGUCGUGCCCACCACCUCAGGACAGCUCAUGAGCCUGGAAGAAACAGAUUGCGGCUAUGGCCCACAGAAGUACCUGGUGCGGCUGAUGACUUAUUUGCCCGGGACCACCAUUUCCAAGGUCCCUUUAACACCACAGUUACUGUAUGAAAUUGGCAAGACAGCAGCCAGGAUGGACAAAAUCCUGCACAAGAUGGAGCACCCCCAUCUUGGCGUGGUGCAGAGAGAGAAUUUCAUGUGGAGUCUGUCAAAUGUUCCCCUCCUGGAAGGUUACAUUCAUUUAUUAGAUGGAGAUCCUCUUCAGGAGGUUGUGAAGUCUGUCAUUCAUCACUACAAGACCUCUGUGAUCCCUAAACGCUCCAAUUUCCGCAAGUGCAUUAACCAUGGUGACUUCAAUGAACUCAAUGUGCUUGUACAACCUGAGGGUGAUGGCCACAGGAUUUCUGGCAUCCUUGACUUUGGGGACAUGAACACUGGCUACUUCAUCCAUGAGCUUGCCAUCGCUAUCAUGUACAUGAUGACCAUAUACCCAGAACCCGUAGAUGUGGGUGGACCUGUCCUCGCAGGGUGGGAAAGUGUCCUUCCCCUCAACGAGGCAGAGAAGGAUUGUCUCUAUGUGCUGGUGCUGUCCCGCUUCUGCCAGUCGCUGGUUUUAGCUCGUCACUCCGUGAUGUUGCAUCCGGAAAAUGAAGAGUAUCUGAUGAUUACAUCCAGGAGGGGCGUCCACAUUCUCCGUAGCAUCUGGGAGCUCGGAAAGGAGCAGGUGGAGAAGGUGUGGUUUCAGAGUGCUGCUCAGUUCACUGACAAGAAGUGAAAUAUUAGUAUGAAAGCCAUUCACCCUUUCAAUGAACAACAGGGUGAUUCUACUGAGCCCUUUUUUUGUGAAUCAAGUGUAAUUUUAAGAUCACCAGUAAAAAGAAUAGAUUAUGUUUCAACACUAAAAACAUUUUACUCUUGAGAUUCAGACAUAAUGUAGUAGGAAUACUACACAGUGUCUGAAACCAAGAUGACUAAGGUAGCAGAUAUAAAGGUAGCAAUAGUAACAAUAGAUCAUGUACUGUAAAAGCAAAAUGUCUAUCAAAGAAAGCAUUUAAAAAGAAGAUAGGGAAAAGUGCUUUAUAGUGCCAUUUAUCAUGUGUAAUAAGUGCCUAAAGUCACAAGGGAUUAUACACUCCAGUGGAUAGUCACGAGGGAUUAUACACUCCAGUGGAUGUGUACCUUGGUGCUUCUCUGUAUGGUAACAGGCCACUUGGCCAGGCAUUGGAUUGAUUUUUAUGACAUUUCACAAAGAAAGAGACAAACACAUCAGCAAUGUAAGAGACUACAGCAUCUCCUCUGUAACAGAUUUUAUACCUUGACCAGCCAGUUUCAUUUGAUUUACCAAGAAUAAAGACAAAUGUAUUGCUCAGGUCACAUGUCAACUGAAGUGCAAUAAUGUCCUGCUAUAUGGAUUGUUGUGCACAUGAAACCUUUGUACAGUUAUACAUUAUGCUUCUCUGGGAAAUCUACCUCAACUUUCAGACUGUGUGUUUUAUACUUUGCCUGGGUCCAAAUGUUAAUUUAAUACUGUUAUACUGCUCCAAUUAGACCAAUAAACAAAAGAACAGCCCCUUAAA